GAUCACAAUUUUCCGGGAAUUUCCGUGACUCUCCAGAAAUUUCACCUCAACAACCCCUUUAUCCUACUUUUUCUGAUUUUUUUUUCUUUUGAAUCAUCACUGCGAUCACGGGUGAUCAGGAGAGAGUCAUACCCAGUUUUUGUUUCUUGGGAUUUCAAUAGCGAGAUUGAAUCAAUUUUCACACUAUUUUUUCUAUUUUCUCUACCUAAAAAUAAAUGAUCAUGCUUUAGGAACUUUUUGUCAAUGUUUUUAAAACAUUUUUAAGUGUGUGAAUCUUCUGCAAAUUUUAUAAAAUAAAUAAUGUGUGGUGGCUUUUAUCUCAAUGUAUUCCAAACGAUCGAGCUUAAUUUCAUGCUGUGUUUUAAGAAUAAAUUUCGAAGCAGACAGUAUCAAGACUUGAAGCUGAUUUAUCUCUCUGGAAAUACGAUAAAAUUUUAAUUAAUUUGGUUCAAAUACACUCAAAAUGGAUACGGUUUCUGAAUUGGGUGCUUGGAUGCAAAAACUGUACAUGUUGUCCACUUCUGCUCAUGCAUCCGUUGUGUCAAUGAACCUCUUCGUGGCCCUCCUCUGCGGCUGCAUUGUCAUUGGCCAUUCUCUGGAGGAGAAUCGUUGGAUGAAUGAAUCAAUUACAGCCCUUAUCAUUGGUUUAUGUACUGGAGUGGUUAUAUUGUUGAUUAGUAGGAGCAAGAGCUCACAUCUCCUGGUCUUCAGCGAGGAUCUGUUCUUCAUGUAUCUUCUCCCUCCUAUCAUAUUUAAUGCUGGGUUCCAGGUUAAGAAGAAACAAUUUUUCCGUAACUUCAUCACUAUAAUGUUGUUUGGAGCUGUUGGUACACUAAUUUCAUCUGCUGUCAUAUCAACCGGUGUCGUGUUAUUCUUUAGGAACUUGGGAAUCGGCUUUCUGGAUAUUAGUGAUUAUCUAGCAAUUGGUGCAAUAUUUGCUGCAACAGAUUCUGUUUGCACAUUGCAGGUGCUAAGUCAAGAUGAGACGCCCCUACUUUACAGUUUGGUAUUUGGAGAAGGUGUAGUGAAUGAUGCUACUUCAGUGGUGCUUUUCAAUGCCAUUCAAAGCUCUGAUAUGACAACUAUUGAUCCUACAAUUUCUUUACACUUUAUUGGAAGCUUCUUGUACUUAUUUCUAGCAAGCACGCUACUGUUAGUGCGGAAACGAAGUGUUGAAGAAAAACUUGAAUUUUUAUUGAUAGUUUUUGAGUUGCUACAGCACACUCAAUAAUGUUUUCUUCUUCUUUUUUCUUACAAUGAGACUACAAGAAUGACCUCUAUUUAUAAGACCACAUGGAUAACUCUAGAGACAUGGGAAUAUAAAUGGACACCUAAUAAUUCAUGAAUUUGCAUCAUGUAU